GGAUUUUUUUUCCCCCUGACAAAUAUAUAAGGGUCUGUGUUUACAGUUAGCUAGUUAGAAGUCUUUGUUUUUGUCAUCGUCGCAAGUCAACAUGUCCCGGCUGGAUAUCAGCUUGCUUUGUUUUUUAUAACCAUUCGACCAUAACUACCGGGAAAUACACAGUCAAACUUCUUUUAGGAUACAGAUUUACUGUUCUACAAAUUUGUUUACCCACUGGAGAGAGAGGAGGAAGCUUCAUCUGGAACUUUCUGCAUAAGAUAUCUUUUAAAGUAUAAAACAGACCUAUAUUGAAGGUGGCAGACAUGGUAUUGAUGCUGGGCAGGAGGUUGAACAGGGAGGACUCUGGGAUCAGAGACUCGCCAGCUGUCAAACGCAAGGUGUUUGAGGUUGAAUCUAAAAAUAUAGCCAGCCAGGAUGUUCUGGACUUCUGCUCUGGAUCCUCACACUCAGAGGGCAUUCUGCAGGUGUUCAAUGAGUUUCGCGACUGCCGCCUUUUCACUGACGUGGUCAUCAGUGUGCAGGGCCGUGAGUUUCCCUGCCACCGCGCUGUGCUAUCUGCCUGCUCUUCCUACUUCAGAGCCAUGUUCUGCAAUGAUCACCGCGAGAGCCGUGAGAUGCUUGUUGAGAUUAAUGGCAUCCUAGCCGAGGCGAUGGAGUCAUUUCUCAACUACGUUUACACCGGCCGUGCCAAAAUCACCACUGAAAAUGUCCAGUUUCUCUUUGAAACCGCCAGCCUUUUCCAGAUCACAACACUCCGUGAUGCCUGCGCUAAGUUCCUAGAGGAUCAGCUGGACCCGUGCAACUGUCUGGGCAUCCAGCGCUUUGCAGAGGCGCAUUCUCUGAAGCAGCUGGCCAGCCGCUGUCAGAGUUACGCCUUGGCCAACUUCUCAGAGGUGGCUCUGCACGAGGAGUUCCUCGACCUGCGUAAAGAAGAGUUGGAAGAGUACAUUAACAGUGAUGAACUUUCUGUCUGUAAGGAAGAGUUUGUGUUUGAGGCAGUGAUGCGCUGGGUGUACUACAGCGUGGAGGCCAGGAAGCCCAUACUGAAGGCUCUCCUCCACCAUGUCCGCCUGCUUCUGCACCCCAGCUACUUUGUUCAGACCGUGGAGGGAGACCAGCUCAUCCAGACUGCCCCAGAGUGCUACCAUCUUCUCCACGAGGCCAGGCGCUACCACGUGCUCGGAAAUGAAAUGAUGUCACCCAGAACUCGUCCACGAAGGUCCACUGGGUACUCAGAGGUGAUUGUGGUGGUGGGUGGCUGUGAGCGGGUAGGGGGCUUCAACCUGCCCUACAACGAAUGCUACGAUCCAGUCACAGGAGAAUGGAAAUCACUUGCAAAACUGCCCGAGUUCACCAAGUCAGAGUAUGCCGUCUGCGCCCUUCGCAAUGACAUCCUGGUGUCAGGUGGUCGUAUAAACAGCAGGGAUGUGUGGAUGUAUAACUCCCAGCUCAACCUGUGGAUCAGAGUGGCUUCUCUUAACAAAGGUCGCUGGAGGCACAAGAUGGGUGUGCUACUGGGCAAGGUUUAUGCUGUGGGUGGUUAUGAUGGACAGAGCCGCCUGAGCAGUGUGGAGUGUUAUGACUCCUUCUCUAACCGCUGGACAGAAGUGGCUCCCAUGAAAGAAGCAGUCAGCUCUCCAGCUGUGGCCAGCUGUGCUGGAAAGCUCUUUGUCAUUGGAGGAGGGCCUGACGAUGAAACUUGUUCAGACAAGGUUCAGUGCUAUGAUCCAGAGACAGACUCCUGGUUGCUGCGUGCCAGCAUCCCCAUUGCCAAGCGUUGUAUCUCAGCAGUAUCUCUCAACAAUCUGAUCUAUGUGUGCGGCGGUCUCACAAAGUCAAUUUACUGCUACGACCCUGCAGAGGACUACUGGAUGCAUGUGGCUCAGACCUUCAACAAACAGGAGAGCUGUGGCAUGUCAGUGUGUAACGGAAAAAUCUACAUCCUCGGUGGCAGGGGGGAAAACGGCGAAGCCACAGACACCGUCCUGUGUUACGACCCAGCAACAGGCAUCAUGACGGGAGCAUCCUCUAUGCCUCGAGCCAUCUCCUACCACGGCUGCGUAACCAUCCAUCGUUACAAUGACAAAUACUUCAAGUCGUGACCAUGAACAGAGUCGCACACACAGACACUCUCUCAACAUGAGAGCAAACACUAAAGAACUCUUCAAGUACUCAUACACAUACACAGCACACAAAAACUAACCACACCCCGUUUUUUUGUUUUUUGUUUUUUUAAUAAGAGGCACAUUUAAUAGUUCAAACCACAGUGUCAGUGAGCUAAUUUAUUUCCUCACAGCAUCAUGUAGCAAGACUCGUUGUGGUGCUGUGAAUCUUUUGUUGUCUUAAUAGCCUUUCUGUGGAAAUGCUCAGAAGCUGAUAACACUAAUGGCUUUUCUGCAACCAGAGAUAAAGUGGAACCAGAUCAGCAUGAGAGAUGUGCUUUUGUAUUGGUAGUUUGAGGAAAAUCAGUCUUAAAUCUAGAGAUCAGAUUAAACUACAAGCUCAUUUACUCACCUUUUCACAUAGUGUUCUAUGAAUAGAUUGACACGUGUUAAAAUAUUUAAUUUUGAGGUGAGCUCAAAAAGUCAUUAAGUGAAAACAAAGGGUGGUACUCCCAAUUACAUUAUUGAGUUUUUGCCAGCACUCAUUUGUCAUACUCACAAACCAUCAAUAUUAAAAAAAUGUAACUUCCCAGCACUCUGCUUUCAUUGCUGUGCAAAGUAUAACCUCAAGAUUUAGGUCACUGAUGAUUAAUGAGAGUUCUGAUGAGCAAAAAACAACACUAAAAAUAUCUGGCGAGAGCCAACAGUUGUCUCUGGAGAAACAAAAAUAUAUCCAAAAAUACUGAUCUGAGUGACCAGGUCGGAUUACUCACCUCGUCCUCCCUGCACUCACGCAGUUUGUCUCAUACAGUAAAGUUAUGCCAAGCUCUGGUAAAGAACAUAAUAAUGAACUGUGCUCUGUUUUUUUUUUUUACCUCUUCUCCAAUACUGAAAAUGACUUGAUAGAAAUGUGGUAAGCAGUCAGCCAGCUGCUCUCCCACAGUAUCAUCUGUCAUAAAUACGGAGCUCUUUCACCCCUCAACCCAGAGCCGAGUUAAGAGAAGAGGUAAAGAGCAGAAGCUGUGAAAACAUUGGACUCUAGCCACUGUUGGCUCUUCCCUUGUGUUUCCUUUUUUUUCCCAUGUCAUCACCACUCACCAUUAAGUUCCACUUCCCAUAUGUGUGUUUCUCUUCCUGCGCUCCACCUGUGUCAUCACCUCACUUUUUACAGUCAGCCUUGCUAAUGCCUUCUAAGCUGUAUAUUUUGCUCCUUUUUAAUUAUUAUUAUUUCACUCAUUAUUGCCUUUUUUUGGUAAGUUAUAUUUAUCCGUGCCUAUUUUUUUAUAAUUGGAUGUUUAUUGUAUGAUAAGUAGUUAGGUCGACGUUAAUCCAUCGGUGUACUGGGCUUGUGGGGUGGUUUUGUGGAUGUGAAGCCUUUUGUGGAUCAAACUUGUAGACUGCUCUGAAUAAAUGGUGUGCAUGUCUGGUGUGUGUGUGUGUGUCUGUGUGUGUGUGUGUGUGUGUGUGUGUCUGUGUGUGUGUAAGGAUAUUGUGUGACUUUUACUGCUUGGUCUGGAUGCUUUGGGAGCCACGCAGGUUUAUCACAGAGUUGUCGUGCAAUGCUGCCACAUCUCACCUGUACACUUACAUGUAAAGAUGUAACUCGGGGUAACCAUAGAUACCUCCAGGUGUGUAUGCGUGUAUGUGUGUUGAAUGGUCAGCUAAGGUGGCGGGUGCGGCAGUGCUGGCCCUCACACCGUUGGCGGGUUUAAGAGUUGAAUGAUGAGGAUUUUGGAUGGUGUGGCUCUUGGUCAGUAAAAGUCACCUUUUAAUACAAUUGGUGUUGAUAGAUUGCUGUGAAUAUACAGUUAACUUUGUUUUCUUUAACUUGUAUUUAAAUGUAUCUUUGUAUCCUUAUUUGCAUAAUAUGUUCUCUUGAGAGCCCCAAUUGUGCACUUUGACAGAAUCCUGUUAAAUGUAGAACUUUAUGACAAUGAUUUCCUUUUUUACUGUAUCAGUAAAUGUUCUUUGCUUUCAUGUGACGUAUAGAAAAGAGAGUGAAAAGGGCCUGUCAGCUCCUCCUGUUGGCCACUGCCUCCUACGCUUUGAUGCGCUGAAAAAACCAGCAAAUAUUGCUGCAAAGGAGGCAGUGUCGUCAUAACAGUUUCAGUUUUCAAAUUUUAGGGAUUUUUGAAUUUGUCACUCAGCACCAUUACGUAAUAUCCUUUAAGAACAGCUCAGGUCAUACUUCACCUGUCAGGUAUGAUAACAAAAAUAUGUAGGGGGAAGUUGUUGGUUUUUUUACAUAAACAUUCUUCACAUUCCUCCAAAUGGAGGUCAGGUUAAGGAGCAGUACAGGUGGAAAAAUGAAGCACCUCCUGAUUCACCUGCUUGCAGAAGUCAGGAGGAGCGACGGGUUGAGUUGGGGGGCAGGAAAGCGGAAAGGCAGAAGCAUGGGAGUGAGAAAGUGAGAAUCUGAGUGUGUGUGCGUCUGUGAUUUCACUGAGUAUUUACUCUUAAGUAGGGCACAAACUCAUGUUGUGCUGAUUUAUUGAUUUUCAUUAAUGUCUUUCAUGUAUUAUUGACUUCUGAUAAGAAUAUCCAUCGUUUUGUUUUUUUGUGUGUGUACUGUUUUGUUUUGUUUUUAAAUCUUUUGCUUGUUGUGGUGAGUUGUGGGAUCGCGUGUUGCUGAGAACAUAAAAAGGACGUGCAGCAGAUUACACCCAAAAAACCUGAGGGUUACAAGUUGCUCACCAGAGUUAAAUAUUAACACAGAUAAGAGCCACAUUUGAGACAAUCCUGAAGUCAGUCUUGUUGGAAAAGCACCACCUGUGCCUUGCCUUGAUGUCAAGAGAUGUAACCCCUUAAGUGCUGCCCUAUGUGCCUUAACCAGAGAUUAACGAGUGAGCAAUUACAUCAGAUAAUUGUGAUAUACACUGCUAUUAUUGUGUGCAUGAUGUGUGAUACUUUUACAACACUUUUCUUGUGCUCUUUGUUUUUUAAAAAAAAGCUUUCAAUUUUUGUAAAAUGCAGUAUGUUGAAUUGUAAUGGUUGAGUUGUUUAUGAGAAACGUCAAUAAAGUUUUUCUUAAUGUA